UCACGAGAGUAUAUCAUGAGAUAUGAGUUCGAAAAUCAAACCCUAAUAUCUUCGAGGACUGAAAGCUUCUGCUGUUCUCGUAAACUCGCUUCCUUAUCCCGUCGCAGCCUCAGAACUUUGCUGGUUGCGUUUCAGUUCCGCCUCUCUUUGUGCGUAAAAGUUCGUAAGGUUCAAUCUCUUAUGGACAGGGAGGAUCUGAGGAACACUGGUGAUAUGCCUGAGGAGUCUCAUUCUUCACAAGUACAAUCAAUUGUGGAUGGUGAGCCUCGUAAUAUGCACGAGGAAGAUACUGGCAAUGUGCAUGAAGAAGAUGCAGAGGAAGAUCCAGAGGAAGAUCCAGAGGAAGAUGGUGGCGACAUGCCCGAGGAAGAUGGUGGCGACAUGCUCGGGGAAGAUGGUGGUGACAUGCCCGGGGAAGAUGCUGACGAUGUUCCUGGGGAAGAUGCCGACGACGUUGCCGGGGAAGAUGAUGGCAAUAUGCCCGAGGUUGAUGCUGGCGAUGUGGCCGAGGUGGAUACUAUUACUAACAGUGUGCUCAAGGAGGGCGCUGGUAAUAUAUCCAAGUUGGAUUAUAGCAAUAUGCCCGAGGAGGAUGUUAACCAUACUCCUGAUGAGCCACAUCCUCCAGAAAUAAAAGCAUAUGAGACCAAUGAGGCUGGAAAUAUGCUUGACGACGAUGGGAAUAUGCACGGGGAUUUAAUUUCGCAAGUUCCACAAGUGCCAGUAUCUGAGAGUGGUUCAGGGGGAGUUGAGGUGAAGAAGUGGCCUGGAUGGCCGGGAGAGAAUGUUUUCAGGAUGUUGGUUCCUGCACAAAAGGUUGGUGGUAUUAUUGGUCGUAAAGGAGAGUUGAUUAAGAAAAUUACGGAAGAGACAAAGGCUCGAAUCAAAAUUCUUGAUGGUCCUCCUGGGUCUAUGGAAAGAGCGGUCAUGGUCUCUGCGAAAGAAGAGCCAGAAACCUCCAUUCCUCCUGCUUUGGAAGGUUUGCUGAGAGUUCAUAAACGGCUUGUUGACGGAGACAGUGACUCUACAGAUGCAUCAGGUGCUGGAGGUACAGUUAUUACAAGGCUGCUAACAGCAGAUACUCAAGCGGGAAGUGUUAUUGGGAAGCAGGGCUCCACAAUAAAAUCUAUUCAAGAUGCUUCUGGUUGUACCAUUCGAGUCCUUGGAGCAGAACACUUGCCAGCUUGUGCUCUGAAGGAUGAUAGCAUCAUUGAGAUACAAGGUGAUCCUCCUGGUGUGCACAAAGCUGUUGAACUGAUUGCCAGUCAUCUUCGAAAGUUCUUGGUUGACCGCAGUAUUGUUGGAGUAUUUGAAAACUUAAUGCAAAUGCCAAAGGCUCAAGCAAACCACAAUGCACCCCCACAACAAUCCUGGGGAGCUCCUCAAGGUUUUCCCACGAGUGGUUUCGACGCACCUGGUCCAGGCUUUAGGUCUAAUCCUCAACCUCCUCGUCAAUUUGAUAAUUAUUAUCCACCUCCUGAAGUGUUUCCAUCAGAGAAGCAGCCUCAUCAGGGUGUCCCUUUUUAUGGAAGAGAUACUUCUUUAGGAGGUCAUCAAUUGAAUGCACAGUCACAACAGUCUGGGGUCACGAAGGUCACACACCAAAUGCAAAUUCCUCUAUCAUAUGCGGAUUCUGUGAUAGGGACGUCUGGUGCAAAUAUUAGUUACAUACGUCGCACCAGUGGAGCAGCUAUUGCAAUACAGGAAACAAGGGGUGUGCCUGGGGAGAUGACUGUUGAAAUCAGUGGAUAUGCUUCACAGAUACAAACAGCACAGCAGUUAAUACAGAACUUCAUUGCGGAGGCUGCAAGCUCUGGACAGAACCCUGCAGGUGGAUCAAUCAGCCAAGGCUAUAAUACUUAUCCUGGUCAUGGUGCUGUAUAUGCAUCUCCACCACCUGAUGCUGCUGGACAUGCUGCUUAUGCGCCCAGUGGAGAUUAUGGUUCAGUCUAUGGCAACAGCUAUGGUUACUGAAAAGAAUUUUAGUGAGAGUUGGUUUGUCUUGGUAAAACGUAUUUUCAUUAUGUAUUAUUCACCUGUGAUAAUUCCAGAUGGCUUUAAGCGUGAAAUUAUGUUUUAUUUCUCUCGUCUUCAUGGUGUUCUAAAUGAAUUUGGUAUUGUUGCCUUUAUCCUAUAUUUAUAUAGAUAAUGAGAUAUUCUUAUGAUGUGAGUCAUGGUAUUUAUUAUAAGAGACUUAAUUUUUUAUGUAA